CUGUUUGCAGUGGUUUCGUGUCCAACGGGGAAAAGUUUUUGUUGUCUUACACUUAUGUAGUGAAACCACAAGAAAAAGCUCCAUACAGAAGCCAAGAAUGAAGGUCGCAAUGCUUGCCGUCAGCCUCCUGCUAGUCUUGGCUUGUGGAGAGGCACUGAAGUGUAACAGAUGUAUUGGAAAAGGCUGCAGACCCACUGUGGAAACCUGCAGUUCAGACCAGGAUGCCUGUUGCAGCGUCAUUUUCUUACCCCCCAUGCCUACUAACUAUUUCAGAAGAUGCAUAAGGAUGACAGAGUGCCUCCUCUUGAAGCAGUCGCGCAACAUUAAUGCUGUCUGUUGCAACCGGGACCGUUGCAACUGAGCUCCACUGUCAAGAAGCUCUAUGCAGUGUCUGACCAACAUUCAGUUUCAAUUAUCAUUCAGAUGGUAUCGAAUCAUAUUUGCGCAAUCCAUUUAAAAUCUUCUCCUUUCAGCCAGAU